AUAACUAAUCUAAAUGCAAUUUAACUUUUCAGACCAAUUUAUAUUGCGUAAUGUAAAUAGCAGCAGCGCCAGCUUCAGCGCGAGCCAGAAUGAGUGGUGUGCAAAUAUUUCGAUUUCGAACGACGACGACUUCUGAGAGGUACGAACCAUUCAUCAACGCGUUCAAGGAAUUUUCCGACGAUGGAACGAAACAAAAGUUUAUGUUGUUGCUGCUUGCCGUCACCCGACGAGGCAAACAGCAUGAUGUUGAUGAUGAAGCUGAUAAUCGCUGAGAGCGGAGUGCGCUCAGUCGGAAAAAUCAAAUUACACGUUUGUUGUUGACUCGUGUCACCUUUCAGCUUAUAAUCGAUCACGGGCCGAUGCUUGCAGGGUGCGGUUCGUCCACAUGAAAGGCAGUUAUUAACAUGUCCAUCACCGUUCACCAUUCAGUACAAAUUUCCCCCAGGCUGCGCAAUUGGCAGCUUAUCGGAAAUAGCGCCCCAUAAAACCGAUUCGCAAGGUUGACUGAGCGCUCAAAAAGAGGUUCGUUGGGCUGUGUUGAGGAGCUAAUUUCACGAAAAUGAGGUCCUACGGUGAAACAAUUUCGUCAGUUUUGGCGAUGAUGACGGUGGCCACCUGGUUAUCUUCUCCAGUGCUGAUUAGGGCAGCCCCACAGCAGAGGGCGCCCGAUUUUCCACCGGCCUCGCUAAUUGAACUGACCGUGGCCAGCCGCAAGGUAUGCGUUGACGAGACCGGUGUCACCGAGGACUCCAUUGCCCGGUUCAACAACGAGCCGAAAGUUUUCGACGAUGACGAACGGCUCAAGUGCUACAUGGAUUGCAUGUUUCGCCAGUUCAACGUCACCAAGCCGGACACAGGCGAUGUGGACAUGAUUGAGCUCUAUCAUGCCAUUCCGAAGGAGUACAACAGCGUCACGCUGAAGGUGUACAACAAGUGCCGGGACGUUGUCGAGGGGUCGACCCUCUGCGAGCGGGCCUUUUCUCACCACAAAUGCUGGAAGCAGAACGAUCCGGUCCACUAUUACCUGUUUUGAGCUGACUGCUGGUGGCAAAUAUGUUGCAGAGUGAUGGAUGUAACAUCAUAUUUACUCACAUCUUCUAAUAACAUUAUUCAUGUCCAUAAAUGGCAUCUUUUCGAUUUUGUUAAAGAUUUGUUGACGUAUCGAAAUAAACCGAUUAGUUUAGCAACAUUACAAAGCAUAUUUCUGGCUUGUUCACUUAUAAUGAAAAAAUGUUUAAACAUUUCUGUGUUUUUUUAUUAUCAUAUUUUAACAUCAAAUUCGAGUUGAGGAACUUCAUAUUAGUCAAAUUUUUGUGGUACCGUAAACCGGGGUGACUUUGAUAAUUUUGAGAUUUUUUCGCCAAAUGAAGAGUACAAAUUAAACACGUACGGAAUGAAAUGGAUUCAUACUGACCGUGGCAGAGAAGUGUUCAAAGUACUACUAGAAGAAAUUUUCAUAAAAUGUUGACAAGUUUAAACAGUUAGUUAACUGUAAUUUAGAAAAUGUUCAUGAAUAGUUUUAUUUUAACAUUGUCAAAGUGUCAUGAUUUUCUCUAUCAAAAUGAUUUUGAAUCGGAAAACGGAAUGCAUUUUCGGAUUCUUUAGAAGAAGAUAAUCGAAUUCAGUUUGAAAUGCAAUAUGAAUUGAUAAUUUUAUAAAGAAAACUGGUUUCAACAAAUUUCUGGAAAAUUUCCGACAAUUUAACAAUUUUACCUAAAAUUCAUAUCUUGACUUUUUUUUGAUAAGGUCCUAUAAACAAAUGUAAACAUUGAGUAUAUCCCGCUUACUCCGAUGGACUUUGACAUAAGGUGUGAAAGGGAUACAC